AUGGACGCCAUCAACCCGCUGCUACUCCCGGACGAGACCGUGCCGCGCGGAUCGGCUCCACCGACCGCAUCUGGAUCUAACGCCACCACGGCAGCCGCCACUGAGGGCCUCGUGGUCGAUGCGCCUCCCGAUGUUGGUGCUCUCGGAAAGCGGAAGCGGCCGGGGCAGCACGUCGUCAUCGUGCCUCCCGCUGCAGCUACCCCUCCCGCACUGGCUGCCCCUCCCGCGCCGGCCAAGCGGGCGAAGUGGCCGGGCAACAAGGCGCCAAAGCCGGCAGAGAAGAAGGCGGCGCCGAAGAAGGCUGCGAAUAAGCCAGCUGCAGCCAAGAUGGCGUCGCUGACUGCUUUGACUGCAAUGAUGGCGAAGAUCAAGAAACAAGGAGAGGCCGCAUCAUUGUCUCUCAAGAUCGAUGUUAUGGUCAAAUCCAAAGAGAAUUUGGUGAUGAAAAUUUUGGAGGCCGAGAAGGAGAUGAUAGAGGCGAAGACCAAGGAGAAGGAGGUAUUGCCCGCGCCGCCAUCCUAA